ACAAUAUAAGAACAAAUAUCUUAAUUAAACGUUAACAAAAUGUUCAUGAAAUAUAUUUUUUUGUGUUUUAAGUGGACAGGUAUAUUCUUGUAUGUUUCUUGUAUGCCAUCAGCACGUGUGGGUGCUGAUGGCAUACAUGCAUAUAAGCCAUUUCAUCAUACUACACAUUGGCCCCUAAUGUGGGUUUAUGUGUAAAAACAAAUAUGUUUUAAAAUUCUAAGGUAUUGACCCUAUGUUGGGAUUAAAUUUUUAUUAAUCAUUUGCCCUUUAAAGUGGACAUCAUGCAUCACUGGCAGUAUUGUACAUGAAAUUUUGGCCAUUGUGAUAAUACUGUUAAUAGUUGAAAAUACCUUAGUAGUGUUAAUUUUUUGCGGCAAGAAAAGGAACUGGAGUACCGUAAUUACAGUUGAAGUAACAAAUUAGGACACACUAUUAAAUAAACAGUUCUUUACUAAGAAAUUUUGAAAUUGAUGUCAAACCUGUUUUUUUUAUUUUUAAGAAAGGUAUUUAAUUGCAUUUUCUAGCUCUGGUAAAAAAGCUGACACACACUAUGUCCCAAUGGCUACUGUUACCUCCUCCGGCUAAAAUAACUUCAGGAGAUGGUUUUUGUAGUCUCUGAAAUCAGGCAGAGGAAAGUUUGAGAUCAAGAACUGGGCAUUGACUCUAGCUAGGACUUCCCAUUUGAUGAAAUUACUGGUAUGUUAUGUUUUGAGUUCAGUUCUGUUUGCUUUGGUUUUUUUCUUAGUUGGUAUUACACUUCUACCCUCUGAUACACGCUGUAUCUUUGCUGGUCUUCAUGUUUUUCUUAGAGAACAAAGGUUUCCUCUUUGAACAACUCCCACAAAAUGAAACCCUUACAGUCCCUUUUUGAUUAUACAAGCAUGUAGUUUCAUAUCAAUAGUAGCAAGAGCACUGCUGUAGGUCCUUUGAUGACAUUUUGGGGUUUUUGAAGACUUUUUUUUAAUCAUCUCGUGUUCUGCUUUCAGGCUGAACUUGCUUGGAAAGCAACACUCGAGCAGGUUGUGGCUUCUGUGUGCUAAUGGACUAUGUUCAAGAUGAUUUUAAUUUUUUUUGUGAUCUCUUUAAAUCCCUUACCAGCCUCAAAAGCUAUUACAACCUUAUUUUUGAAGCCCUCUGACACCAUUGAUCUCACUAUGGUGUUCACUCUUACUUUAAAAGCCAGUUGAACUCUAAAUUAAUUGUUAGACGUUUAAAUAUGGUAAGCCUCCUUCAAAAUGCUGAGCAAGGACAUUCAUGUGCACCUGAUAAGAUACACCUGUUGAUUUUAACUGUUUUAAGUGGGAAUAGAUGUAGGGGAGUCUUCAUAAAUUCCUCACCAGAAAUAACAUUUUUCUUUACAUCUUCCUAAAAAUUUCAAACAUGUUUUGUUUUUUUACUUAUUUAUAAAACUUAAAUUCUUAAUAACAUUGAAAUGUAUCCUAUAUACCAGAAUGUACAAUUAUAUUAGAAAACAUUCAGGCUUUCAUACAUUUUUUUCAUAUGGCUGUAAAAUAAAGACCUAGCAGUAGAUUGUAUCAGAGCACAUGAACAUCUCAACAAAACAAGGGAUGGGGUACCAGAUGUAGUGAUGGUGGAGUUGAUGAAGUUGAAGGAGUUGCCAAUGCUGAAGUAGCAAAGGAUUUUGAGGAAGCUGAAGAUAUGCCCCAUUGACAGAGAUCUAAGACAUAAGAAGGUUAAAACAUCAGACAACUUUAAGCUCAGCCUGUUUCAGUGUGUUAGUCUUGUUUCCUCUGCUUUUUUAUAUGUGUAGACAGUUUAUAGAUAACUAUUAUUUCCUGUUUAUUCAGUUCUAUAAACAAUAUUUUUUUGCAAAAAUUUUCAUUUUAAAAUACACAGUUCAACAGGGGGGAAGAAGAAGACCUAAAAUAAACAUAUCAACAGUAGGACAGGGUAGGAUAUGUUGUGGAUUUUAUUAUUUUACAGUUCUAAUUAUAUACCCUUAAAUUAUUUUUCUCUCAUGAAUAUUUCAAAGUCUUCCUGUUGUGGACCUUAGUGGAAGUGAAAAACAUUUUUAAAGGUACCUGCAAAAUAAAUAAUAUCAUUUUGGUAAUCCCUAAAGAUGAAUGAAAACAUUUGCGGGGAACCUAAGUAAGGUUAUUACAAUUCAUGUAUGAAAGGGGUAUAUAACCAAACAUUAUGUAUAGUGGAAGGAUAUAUGACUGACACACCUCCCAGUCCUGUUAAGCUCAGCUAAACAGUCUUCACAAUACAAAUCCCUGUGCACAGCAAGUCAGCAUGUUUGUCCACACGGAGCUUUGCAAGCUGGAGACUGUAGUCCAGCUCAGUCAGGAGGCACAGGCCGCUGUGGUUACGCAAAGGUGGACCAGAACCACAUCGCCCAGCAUAUCUCUCUCUACAUCUGCAUGCUUAUGCAGUGGUUACUGGGAGAUUUGAGACAGUGAUUCUGGCACACACAAAUGCAGUCUUCCAAGCUUUCGUUUUACAGUUUAAUUUUGAGGAAUCGUUGUGGAUCCACCGUGUUGCAUCACUUGACUUUGGAUCAAAAAUCACCUGUCUGGGAUUUCUGAAUUUGUCAGCAUAAAGGACUGCUACUGGACAUGCAGCCUGGUGUUUGGGUAGGUACGCCCACGGCUGAAUUACUGGGCCUAUUGUGCCGAGGCUGUCUCAGCAGGGUGCAGAAUAAGCCCAGUUGCAGUUUCAGUUCUUGGCCCAGAAGGAUGAGCAGGUGGAACAAUAUGGAGUCCAGCAACGCUAAUACUUCUCAGGAGAAUCCACGUGUGCUCAUCACAGGUGGUUUGGGGCAGUUGGGUGUGGGGCUUGCUCAGAUGCUGAGGAACCAGUAUGGGCCAGAGAGUGUGAUCUUGUCAGACAUCAAGAAGCCCCCAUCACAUGUUUAUGCCAGUGGCCCGUUUGUGUAUGCCGAUGUGCUGGACUACAAACACCUCAGAGAACAGAUCGUAAAUAACCGCAUUACUUGGCUGGUCCACUAUAGCGCUUUGCUGAGUGCUGUGGGUGAGGCUAAUGUGGCUUUAGCACGAAAGAUUAACAUCACAGGUCUACACAAUGUUCUAGACCUGGCCCUGGAGAACUGCCUUCGUCUCUUUGUCCCCAGUACCAUUGGAGCGUUUGGUCCUUCCUCUCCACGUGACCCUGCCCCUGACCUCUGUGUCCAGCGUCCGAGAACCAUCUAUGGUGUCUCCAAAGUGCAUGGUGAACUGAUGGGGGAGUAUCUCCAUCAUAAAUAUGGCUUGGACUUCCGCUGCCUGCGAUAUCCUGGUGUAAUAUCAGUCAACACUCCUCCUGGUGGAGGAACCACAGACUAUGCUGUUCAGAUCUUCCACGAUGCUCUCAGCACAGGUCACCAUGAGUGCUACUUGCGACCUGACACACGUCUUCCCAUGAUGCAUAUCUCUGACUGCCACCGCGCCACUGUAGAGUUUAUGCAAACUCCAGACUGCCAGCUGUCCUUACGCACUUACAACAUAGCUGCCAUGAGCUUCACCCCAGAGGAGGUGGCCCAAGAAAUUCGCAAGCAUCUCCCGCACCUGAAAGUCACCUACAAUCCAGAUUCAGUCCGCCAGACAAUUGCAGACAGCUGGCCUGUGAGAUUCGAUGACUCCAACGCCAGAAGGGAUUGGGGCUGGGCACCGGCCUUCGGGCUCGAGGAGCUGGUGACAGACAUGCUGCUUUCAGUUAGAGACAAGAGGACCAGAGAGGGAUUUCUGGUCAGCUAGCAGUACCUUCUCAGCAGCCAAGAGACAGAUGUUUCACCACUGGCUUUCUUCAGCCUGGAUUUACAAACAGCUUUCUUUUACUUCACUUUGCCAAAGCAUCAACAAGUAUUGUGUGUUUUACCAGGAACUCUGAGUCACAGCCUUUUUAAAUUACAAUGCAAAGUUAAAUGUCUCUGUCUACUUCAGGGAAUCAUAUACUGUUAAAGCAUUUCUUUACAUGUGUUCUUUGUCAUGUCAUAAAAAUCACUUUACACAGGAGAAAGUUGCCAUAGAAAACAGAAAAACAUGUUAUUUUUCAAACAAAGGAGGUCUCUAAAUGUCAUUUUUCCUGCAUGCAUCAACACAACAAUCAGUUACUGUCUUUUUUACAAUGGACCAGUUGCAACCUUUAGAUAAAUCUGUUGUAUGAGAGAACCUUCUGAAAUGUCUGCUCACCCAUCUCUGGACUGUAUUUACCACAUUCAUUCUGGCUGUCUUUUUAAAAACUCUUUUAUGAUAUCAAAAAUAAAAUUACUAGAGGCUGGAUGUAGUAUCUAUGACUGGAGAUUAUUAUUAUUAGAUUUUUUUGCCAGAACUGUGCUUGAAUGACCAUUAUCAAACACUUUGAAUAAUAGUGUAGAAACAUGUGGUGUACACUGAACCAUAAUGCGAAUAAUAAAAAUGUUUUCCGCCAAAA